AGGCUCUGCGCUGUUCACCCAAAGCUAAAAGGAAAGCAAAAAAAAUUAUAAUAGUAUUUUAAUUCUUCUCUGUGAAGAAGACGAAAGAAGAAGAAGAAGAAGAAGACCUAGCUUCGCCGCCUCUCUUUAUCGGCGACUCUUCUCUACCGUUUUGAUCGAUCUUGUUGGGGUUUCGUAUUCUCUGAUCGAGACUUUGUACUUGGUUAUAAAUCAAUCGGAGGAGAUUUUGAAGGGCGGUCGUUUUGAUAAAUCGAAUCGAGCUUUUGUUGAAAAACCAAUCUGUGGAGGAGAGUUGAAUCUGAGAUCUAAUCUCGCAUCGGAGGCGGUUUUGGUGUUUUUGAUGAGUGAUAGAUGAGAAAAAGUUGGUGGAAAGGUGAGGUUACACAUUGAGGAUUACACACAGCGAAGAGAAGAAAAUUCCAUUUGUGUUUGAAUCUAUACGUUGAUGGACUGCAAUGGAAGUAUGACAAGCACUGGCAGUUUAGAGCUUAAGGCUACCAUCAAUAACGACCUUCCUUGGAAAAUGGUGGCUAAAGGUAGUAGGAGUUCCACUAGGCGUACUAAGAAACAAGUUCCAAGGUCUGCAGCCCCAGAUGUUGAGGCAGAAGGAGAUACAGGAUCAGAAAAGCUUGGCGGCCGGCAUCUUGCAGAAAGAGUAGACCAUGUUCCGAUCAAGAAACGGAGAUUUAUGGUUCCCGCUCCAUCAUCUCUGAACGUGAGGUCACAACAUCGUGCUGAGGUCAAUCACGUUCUGCCUGUUUCACGGUUGAACCCUAAUCUAAUGCGCGGUAAAACACCAAAAGUCUCCCAAGAUCGCGGCAGUCAUGACUUCUCUGGUAUUGAGAUACUUGCAGAGGUUGCUUGCAGUAGUGGUAUGAGUAGCGAAAUUGCAUCCGUUGUUGACAGUCAGCUUGUGGAACCUGUUCGGCAGCAAGAUGCUUUGACCUUAUCUGGUCACGUGGAAGGUAAUGAUUCAUCAACUGGCACUGUUGAUGUAUCAGGGAAAGAUACUACGAUUGAGUCCCGUGAAAAGGGUGGAGAAGACAAGAGCGCAAUCAUAGCGCCUCAAAAUGCUUCGGCUGAUAUUUUGGGUAAUGCUUCGGCUGCUAAUCAGAGUGAAGAGCAUACUAGAGUAGCAUCUAGUAGUAUGAUAGUGGCCCAGAACAUCAGCCUUGCUGUUUCUAAUGAAUCCUCGACAGAGAGGCCAAAGGAAGAUAUGGAAGCAGGUGAUAGCGGAAAUUUAGCACCUCAUAGUGUCACAGUGUCAGAGAACAUAUCUGGUGAUGAGUGCACUGGAAAGGGUAAGAACUCGGAAUCCCUCACAAAGGAUAGGUUACACUGGGAUUUAAAUCUUCCAACAGACGCAUGGGGCCAGUCUUGUGAUGUAGUCGAUGAGACAUCCAGAAGAUACUCUGAUGGGGAAGUCACUGAGUCCGUUACAGAGAGAACACAUGUUGAUGGUAGUAAGGACUACGCUACCGGCCUGAUUGCAUCAGAUGUGCACAUGAAUUCUCCAUUGUCGCCUGAGCACAAGGCAGACGCUUCUACUCAAAAUGGUAAGGAGGGUCAAUCUGGUUAUGAUUCCCAAUUUGAGGAUGGAGAGUUGAGGGAACCAUACCCUUGGGAAGAAAACGAGGGUGAUAGCGGAGAUGUUGAACAAGUGGAUUAUGGGUCUGAGCCAGAGAAUGAGCGAUUCUACUCGUUGGCUGAGUGUAAUGAGAAUAAGAUGGAGGACGUUGAGAAAGGAGUCGUGGCACAGACAAAUUGUGGAGUUUCGAAGUGUGAAUCUGGCAAUGUGCAUGAAGAAAAUAGUGAUAUAGAGAAGCAUGUCGUGGUUUGCACGAAUGAGUCGCAUCCAAAAGGAUCUUCUCCUUCUAGGAGCUUCGGGGCAAAACCGUUCAGGGAGCCACCUUCACAUGAACCCAUCCGAAGUAGAAGGCCUUAUAGCCACGAAGACAUGAGUGAGAGAGACGCUGGUCCAGAUAAGUUUGUCGGGAGGGAGAGAACAGAGAUGCGUAUGCAAAACAGGAGUCCUAGGAGAGGACAGUUUAGCCGGUGGGAUUCCGAGCAUCGUUUCUCUCCAUCUAUAUACAAACGUGGUCAAUACGGUUUUGAACGUCCACCUCCUAAAACCGUUGAGGAGGGCCGAGUUAGGAUGAGUGGCUUUGAUCAGCCAGGGCCAGACCAAGGUCCCCAAGGCUAUGUUCGUAGGAAUUUCUCAAAUGGAGGAUACCGGGGUCGGUUCAGAAGGUUCCCAGAUGGCAACGGGAAUCGUGAUUUCAGAGGCGUAGAUUGUUCCUACCCUCCCGGUGAUGCUAACGACUAUCCAAGCCGCAUGCACAACAACCGGAUAAACAGUAGGAGAGAUAGAAGCAACUCCCCUCCCGUCUUCAGGAGAUUGCACGACCCUCAGUCACGAUCCAGGCCCAGAAGUCGCUCCCCAGUUUCAUGGAACGGGCAGAACAGAUCUCCUCCCGGGUUCAGGGCUGAUGACAACAGGAUGGAGAGGGUGAGGUUGCCGUUCCAGAAACGGUUUCCGCUCGACCAAGAGAUGGGGUUCAUGCCGCCGCAAAGAAACCAGCGAAACUCUAGGUUUUUCGACAGCAGAAACAAUGAUGGUGGUGGGGAGAAUCAUCAUAACAACUUCAGAGGAAGAAAAUCGCCACCGGGAAGGAUGUUUAGACAAGAGCAGAGAUUUGAUAACAUGAGAAGAGUGAACUCGGAGAACGAUAACAAUUUCAGACCAUAUGUGCGCCAGCAGCAUAAUAAUAAUAGAAGGUUUGAUGAUGGUGGUGGAAGCCGAGGAGAGGGGUGUAGAUAUGAGAAGAAUGAGAACAUGUAUGAGAUGGUGCACCGGCGUCCUCCUCCUCGGGGUUUGGGGACAGUUGAAGAAGACGAUGGUGGUAACAUCCGACGGUUCAGAUUAGACGCAGAACAACUAGACACUGGUGUUUCCAGCGACAAUAAGAACAACAACAGCGAUGCGUCAUUAACAAAUAAAACAUGAGACUUUUGGGUUUUGGUAGGUUUUGUUUUCAUCUUCUCGUGUUUAAAGUACACCAGAGUUCUAGAGAUACAAUCUGGUGAUGAUGUUGGUUUCUUCUGGUUUAAGGUUUAGAGUUUGGUUCCCAUUCUACCCCAGGCUCCACAAGAGGGCGUCUAGAUUUUUGUUUCUGUAUUUGGUCGCUGCUUUUUGUUUUUUCCUUCCUUGGAAAGUGGUUUUGUGGAAGAAGAUAAAAAAUGAAAAAAAGGAAAUGCUUCUGCAAAGUCCUCAUUGUUUUCUGUU